AAGGUCACGUGGGGCGGGCGGGGGCGGGAUUCUGGCCGAGUCACGUGGGGGCGGUACGCGCUAAGUGCGGCUGCGCCGGCCGGUAGCUGCAGCUGGAGCGGUGGCGUUUGGAGGAGACGCGAAACUGGAUGGCUUCUACAGGGAGCCAGGCCUCGGAUAUAGACAAGAUUUUGGGAUUCUUCAGUGAUGGCGCACCCCCCACCAAAAAGCCCAGGAAGCUGCUCCCAAGCCUGAAAACUAAGAAGCCUCGGGAGCUUGUGCUGGUGAUUGGAACAGGCAUCAGUGCUGCGGUCGCACCCCAGGUCCCAGCCCUGAAAUCCUGGAAGGGGUUGAUUCAGGCCUUACUGGAUGCUGCCAUUGACUUUGAUCUUCUAGAAGAUGAGGAGAGCAAAAAAUUUCAGAAAUGUCUCCAUGAAGACAAGAACCUUGUCCAUGUUGCUCAUGACCUUAUCCAGAAACUCUCUCCUCGAACUAGUAAUGUACGAUCCACAUUUUUCAAGGACUGUUUAUAUGAAGUAUUUGAUGACUUGGAGUCAAAGAUGGAAGAUUCUGGAAAACAGCUACUUCAGUCAGUUCUCCACCUGAUGGAAAAUGGAGCCCUGGUAUUAACUACGAACUUUGACAAUCUCCUGGAAUUGUAUGCAGCAGACCAGGGAAAACAACUUGAAUCCCUUGACCUCACUGAUGAAAAGAAGGUCCUGGAGUGGGCUCAGGAGAAGAGGAAGCUGAGCGUCUUACACAUCCAUGGGGUCUACACCAAUCCUAGUGGCAUCGUCCUUCAUCCGGCUGGGUAUCAGAAUGUGCUCAGGAACACUGAAGUUAUGAGAGAGAUUCAGAAACUCUAUGAAAACAAGUCAUUCCUUUUCCUGGGUUGCGGCUGGACAGUGGAUGACACCACUUUCCAAGCCCUUUUUCUGGAGGCUGUCAAGCAUAAAUCUGACCUAGAACAUUUCAUGCUGGUUCGGAGAGGAGAUGUGGAUGAGUUCAAGAAGCUUCGAGAAAACAUGCUGGACAAAGGGAUUAAGGUCAUCUCCUAUGGAAAUGAAUAUGCCGACCUUCCAGAAUAUUUCAGGCGGCUGACAUGUGAGAUCUCCACAAGGGGAAGAUUAGGGAUGGUGAGAGAAGGUCAGCUCAAUGGCUCGUCUACAGCACACAGUGACAUAAGAGACUGUAGUACAUGAGAGGGCUAGAGGAAUCCCCAGCCUUAGACCAAGCGGAAAGGGCCUACCAUGGACAAUUUCUAACAAGUAAACUUACAAGCUCCUCCAAGUACCAAAACCCAGAGGUUGAAGGUUGGGGUUAGAAUUGGGGGUAUUCCAACUUAACUUCAUGCCAGCUGGUUCUCGAUAACUCUGCGGCCUGUUCCAGUUCAAGAAAACUCAAGUGAUAACAGGACCCAAGUGCAGCCCCCACCCCACCGCCAGGCUGGAUGUGCCUGUGUCCAUAGCAGACUGAUGGGACAUCUCCACUGACAGAGGCCGCAGCUCUUCAUGAAGGACUUGGGAUCUAGAUGCCGCGGACCUGCCGUGGCCCUUGUUGCAGUUUUGUACUCUACACUUGGUUUUUCAAUUAAGCUUAAUGGCUUUUUUAAAACAUGACUUGAAGCUCUAGUUUUCUAGAUCUUUUACAGUGUACAGUAUUUUACAUAACUGAGCUGUAUUAAAACCUUGUUCAUUUAC